CUGUUUGAUUUUCAGAACGGUGACUUGUGCAUUAGUAUACUGCAUCCUCCCGUAGACGAUCCACAUAGUGGUGAACUGGCCUGCGAACGUUGGAAUCCGACUCAGAAUGUCAGGACAAUUCUUCUCUCAGUAAUAUCGUUGCUGAAUGAACCGAACACAUCAUCACCAGCGAACGUCGAUGCAUCAGUGAUGUACAGAAAAUGGAUCGAAUCGGAUGGCAAAGAUGACGAGUACGCACGUCUUGUAAGGAAGCAAGUAGAAGCAUCACGUUUAGAAGCCGAAAAAGAUGGCGUUGUUGUACCAGAAACCUUAGAAGAAUACUGCAUCAAGGUGGCUCCAAAACCAUGUGAUGAUUCUACAGAUGCUUUCGAUCUCGAUGAAGAUUAUUAUGAUUAUGGCGAUGAGACUGGUUUGUUUUGCAGCUUAUUCGAGGUCUUACAUUGCAUCGAGGAACAAAAAUAA